CUCACGCCUUCAGUAUCUCGAGCUAGCUUCAGCCUUUUUCUCAGCUUCAUCUCAGCCCAGGCCACAUCGCUCGCAGACUCUGCUUGCUCCCAUCAGAUUCAGAGCCAUGGCCACGGAAACUUUCCUCUUCACGUCCGAAUCUGUGAACGAGGGACACCCUGACAAGCUCUGCGAUCAGGUGUCGGACGCUGUUCUCGAUGCGUGUCUGGAGCAGGACCCCGACAGCAAGGUGGCGUGCGAGACGUGCACCAAGACGAACAUGGUGAUGAUCUUCGGCGAGAUCACGACCAAGGCCAAGCUCGACUACGAGAAGAUCGUCCGCGACACCGUCCGCAACAUCGGCUUCGUCUCCGACGACGUCGGCCUCGACUGCGACAAGUGCAAUGUUCUGAUCAACAUCGAGCAGCAGAGCCCCGACAUCGGGCAGGGCGUGCACGGCAUGGGCACGAAGAAGCCUGAGGACAUCGGCGCGGGCGACCAGGGCCACAUGUUCGGCUACGCCACGGACGAGACGCCCGAGCUCAUGCCGCUCACGCACGUGCUGGCCACGCAGCUGGGCGCCAAGCUCACCGAGGUCCGCAAGAACGGUGUGUGCCCGUGGCUGCGGCCCGACGGCAAGACGCAGGUGACCGUGGAGUACAAGAACGAGGGCGGCGCCAUGGUGCCGAUCCGCGUGCACACCGUGCUCAUCUCCACGCAGCACGACGAGACGGUGACCAACGAGAAGAUCGCGGCGGACCUCAAGGAGUACGUGAUCAAGCCCGUCAUCCCCGCCAAGUACCUCGACGACAACACCAUCUUCCAUCUCAACCCCUCCGGCCGCUUCGUCAUCGGCGGGCCCCACGGCGACGCCGGGCUCACUGGAAGGAAGAUCAUCAUUGAUACCUACGGCGGGUGGGGCGCGCACGGAGGCGGUGCCUUCUCUGGCAAAGACCCCACCAAGGUGGAUCGCUCCGGCGCGUACGUGGCCCGCCAGGCCGCCAAGAGCAUCGUCGCCGCCGGCCUCGCCAGGCGCGCUCUCGUUCAGGUCUCAUACGCCAUUGGCGUGCCCGAGCCUCUGUCAAUCUUUGUGGAUACGUACGGCACGGGCACCAUCCCCGACCGCGACAUCCUGGCGCUGGUGAAGGAGGCAUUCGACUUCCGGCCGGGCAUGAUCUCCAUCAACCUGGAGCUCAAGAAGGGUGGCAACCAGCGCUACCAGAAGACCGCGGCUUACGGGCACUUCGGCCGCGACGACCCCGACUUCACUUGGGAGGUGAUCAAGCCGCUCAAGGCGAAGGCCGAGGCUUAGAUACCCGGGUGCGCUGCUGCUUAGGAGAUCAUUUACGCAAUGCUAGACUUCUAUACGCAUUCUAAGAUGCUAUGAUUUAUGUUUUCCGUCCACACGAGGGCUGGGUCACACUUUCCGGAUGUUAGCAGGCGAGCAAUUGAGCUGAGGAAACGAGGUGUACUGCAAGGACUGUACACGUUCCCCCCGGAGGGAGGGGAGCCGUGCAGCUGUGCACAGCCUUCUUCCCACCCACUCAGAUGUGGCUGUGUAUGGGAGUCGCUGCUGAAACUGCAGGGAUGUAUGCUGGGUGCACAAUAACCAAUGAAUAGCACUCUUAUGGUUUCUGCAUUAACACGCCGUAAGGCAUUCCAGAAG